UAUAUUUUUUUUAUGAUUACGUUUCUACAGACAUAAUGCAGUCUGUUGUACGAGCAGCAAGUAUCGGUCAGCUGUCUAGAGCUACUGCUGUAGCUGUUCCCAGCAAUGUUGCUGGAGUAGCUGCUCCAGUCCCAGCAGCUGCAGCUCCUGUUUUAGUCCAACCAGCAGCAAUCCCGUUAACCAGCUUCUCCAUGGGUAAACUCCUAACUGGGAGAGAGGGACAGCUCAGGGUAUCUUCAGGAAUAGGGGUUGGAACCCAGAUCCGAAGCUACCAUGCUGGAAAUGUUGAGGUUCCUGAUUUCUCCUACUACAGACGAUCUGCCACCAAGGACCCCACCAGCAACAACAAGGCGACCUCUGAGAGUAGACAAGGGUUCAGUUACGUGAUGGCCGGAGGACUUGGAGUUCUCGGAGCUUACUCCGCUAAAUCCAUCGUAAACCAGUUCGUUUCAUCCUGGUCUGCAUCUCAGGAUGUUUUAGCGCUUGCAAAGAUCGAGAUCAAGCUGGCGGAUAUUCCUGAGGGUAAGAACAUGACCUUCAAGUGGAGAGGGAAACCCCUGUUCAUCCGACACAGGGGAGCAGAAGAGAUUGCUCAGGUCCGAGCUGUUGAUCCCGCUACCCUGAGGGACCCUCAGUCUGAUGAGGAGAGAGUAAAGGAUGCUGAAUGGCUGGUCAUCCUCGGUGUAUGCACCCAUCUUGGCUGUGUUCCUAUUGCCAAUGCUGGUGAGUUUGGUGGUUAUUACUGCCCCUGCCACGGAUCCCAUUACGAUGCUUCUGGAAGGAUUAGGAAGGGACCUGCUCCCCUUAAUCUAGAGGUUCCCGAGCACGAGUUCAUGGAAGACGGUAUCCUUGUUGUUGGUUAAACUCUGCUCCUUCCUCAUAGUUAACUUUGUACUGAUUUAUCAAUUGAUCGCUCAAGCUUGAUCAAUCGACUAAUCAAAACUAUUUAAUGCUAUCAGAUAUCACUUACAUUCAAAUAUACCUUGAACAAUUAGAUUAUGUGUUGGACAUUUCAGA